UAAUCCUAUCGAUAAUCUUAUCUAAGAAAUCAAAUGUUCUAACAACAAAAGCCCAAACCAGAACCAGUUCUUCCACCAUCGGCAUUAAACACCAAAAACCCUUGCAAACCAAUACAGUUGUUGGCAAUUUUCCUCACACAGUCAAGGCAAAGGAGGUGUGGAUGGAAGCGUGUGAUUGUCCAAUAAAACAGACAAUUGUGGGAAAAUGAGUUUCGAACUUUCAUUUUAUGGGGAAAUAGAAUUCGAAUUUUCAUCGAAUGUGGAAAUAGAACGAGGCUCAAACUUUGGGGGAUCUGAUAUUAUAUGAAAAUUUUCAGGGAGAAAUAGAUCGUUUUCCUAAAUAUUAUGUAUGCUUUUAUCGACUUUGGUCAAAAACAUGGAGUUGAGUUGAUAUUUGCAUAAGACGAGUGCCGUUCUAGGGGAACCGACAAAGACAAUCAGAGUUUAUAAACCUAUAAUAUGUUCAUUAUAAUUAAUCAAAUCUAUUAUAUUAACUCAGGUUUAAGAAUUAGUAGCUGUUCUACAGGGUUCUCGAAUACUCGCCGGAGAAAAUUUGCAGAUUCUCUUCGUCUUCCCGAGAAGAUAUAACUUCCGAAAUCAAAUAUGGAGCAAUCGGUUGCUCAAAAGCCACCGCCGAUGCCGUUACCUUAUCUUCCGAUCUCCGUCGAAGGAUCGAGAGACUUGCAAUGCGUCGGGACGAUGGAGAUCGUCGCGCCUAAACCGGUCGGUUUUCUCUGCGGCUCAAUCCCUGUUCUCGCCGAUAGCUCCUUUCCAACUUUCACUUCUGCUCUCCUCCCAUCUCCGGAAACAGUGAAUGCUCCGAGGUAUCGGAAGAUUCCGACGGAGACGGAUCUUAACCGGCCUCCUUUGCUUACCGAUUUUCCCAAGGAGGUUUUACCCCUCGCCGCAAUGAAGUCUAGGAUCACCGGAGAUAUAUCUACGGAGGCUAAUGUUAUUGCUUCGAACCUAAGCAAGAAAUGUGAAGCUCUUGCUGUGUCGGGUUUAGUUGAAUAUGGUGAUGAGAUAGACGUGAUUGCACCUGUCGACAUUCUCAAACAAAUCUUUAAGAUACCUUACUCUAAAGCUCGGGUCUCCAUAGCUGUUCAGCGUGUUGGACAGACUCUUGUCUUGAAUCCUGGACCUGAUGUUGAAGAGGGAGAGAAACUGAUUAGGAGGCACAACAAUCAACCAAAAUGUACAAAAAACGUUGACGAAUCUUUGUUUCUGAACUUUGCUAUGCAUUCAGUGAGGAUGGAAGCGUGUGAUUGUCCCCCAACUCAUCGCCCACAUACAGAGGGACAGUCGAGUUCUUCUGCUCUCCCUGCAGGAGAGAACUCCCAUUGUGAUCCAGAGAACAGACUUGACAAGCCUGCAGGGAGUAGUAAACAACUUAAACAUGAUGAUUUAAUUUAUGAAAAGAAGAAGAGCAAGAAAAACAAGGCACAUGAGCGGAUAAGAGAAAAUACUCAAAUCAGUGAAAAGAUCAAGCCUACUAAAGACUCUGAGAAACACAGAAGAAGUGGGAGCAAUGAGUUUUUAAGAGUUCUGUUUUGGCAAUUCCACAACUUCCGCAUGCUUUUAGGCAGUGAUCUGCUUCUGUUCAGCAAUGAGAAAUAUUUGGCUGUAAGCUUGCAUUUGUGGGAUGUUAGCCAACAGGUUACACCUUUAAAUUGGCUUGAAGCUUGGCUUGAUAAUGUAAUGGCCAGUGUGCCCGAGCUGGCGAUUUGCUAUCAUCAGAAUGGUGUUGUACAAGGGUAUGAGCUUUUGAAAACAGAUGAUAUAUUUCUACUCAAAGGCAUCUCUGAGGAUGGUACACCUGCUUUUCAUCCUCAUGUUGUUCAGCAAAACGGCCUUACUGUUUUAAGGUUUCUUCAGACAAAUUGCAAAGAGGAUCCUGGCGCUUACUGGCUUUACAAAAGCGCUGACGAAGAUGUGAUCCAGCUAUUUGAUCUUACCAUUAUUUCAAAGAGCCAUUCUUCAAGCGAUCACAACAAUAGUGCAAGUCCAUUGCCAUCUUUGAUUCACAGUGGGAGAAGUGACUCAUUGUUUUCCUUAGGAAAUCUUCUUUACCGUGUUGGUCAUAGGCUUUCUUUAUCGGUGGUGCCAAAUGAUAGGGCCAAAUGUGCUCGGUUCCUCAGAAAUUGUUUGAAUUUUUUGGACGAGCCUGAUCAUCUGGUUGUUCGGGCAUAUGCACACGAGCAGUUUGCAAGACUCAUUCUUAAUAAUGACGAUGAAGUUGAUUUGACUUUUGAGUGUAAUAAUGUGCAACGUGAAGUCAAAAUAACAGAUCUGGAAGAGGAACUAGUUGAUCCUAUUACUGCUGAGCAUGAAAGUGAGGCAGUGGUUUUCUCGGAAGAAAAAUUCACUAAGGAUUCCUAUAUACCGCCUUUAAUAUCUGUUAGGCCGAAGUUGGAGGCAGAUGUGUCACCUUGCAAGGAAAUAUUACGUUCAGAUAGUCCAGAUUCCCCUGAUACUGAAAGCUCUGUCGUGAACUCAUGUUUGGAAACUAGUUUUGAUCUUGAUCAUGUAUGCCAGGCUCCGACACCUCUGCUUCAGACUACAACCAAUCUCAUUUCAUCCAAACUAGCAGCAAUUCACCAUGUUUCUCAAGCUAUCAAGUCUCUAAGGUGGACACGCCAACUGCAGUCUUCAGAUACGGAAGGUGCUUUUCAUGAUAUAUUGCCUUCUGUCGACUUUUCCAACUGUGGAUGUGGUGAUCCUGAUUGUAUUGAAGUCUGUGAUAUCCGUAAGUGGCUUCCGACAUCUAAACUAGACAGGAAAUUGUGGAACCUUGUUCUGCUUCUCGGUGAAUCAUAUCUGUCUUUGGGGGAAGCUUACAAAGAGGAUGGACAGUUACACCAAGCUUUGAAUACUAUGGAAUUAGCUUGCUCCCUUUAUGGUUCAAUGCCGCAGAAGUUUGAAGAGACAUUUUUUGUUUCCUCGAUGAGCAAGUCUCUUUCACUGCAGUCAAAAUCCCAUGAAACAAGGCAAGUGGAAGUUGUAGAAGCAGAAUCCGAAAUCAGUUUCGGGGAACUUUCAUCAACACGCCUCUUCUGGGCCAAAGUAUGGAUGUUGGUUGGUGAUAUAUAUGUUCAGUUCCACGUUCUAAAGGGUCAGGAGAUCUCCAAAAGAGCAAUGGGGACAUCUACAAAUCACUUGAGAAUGCCGUCCGAAGUAUUAAAGGAAGUACAAAGGCUCAAGAAAAAGUUAACAGAGUACAGUAAAAAUUGUGCAUCCUGUUCAUUAGUAAACUGCAGCUGUAAGAGUGACAGAGCAAGCAGUGGAAGCAACGCAAGUAGCAGCAGCAGCAAGGGAACUAGUGCUCGUACUGUGCCUCAUAGCAGGAAGAACCGUAAAAAAUCAGAGUCCAAGAAUGUCGCCAGCAGGCUCUCACGAAAUGCUGAAGAUGAUGGUGUUAAUCUCACGGUUGAGAACAAAAGCCAUAAAGAAGUAGAUACAUCAGUGGGAACAAAGGAAGUGGUAACUCUGGAGCAGAAUGAAUCCAACUCGAAGGAAACACCAGGAGCAAAAAAAGGCGGAAUAUUCAAAUAUCUCAAGGGGUCUAAAACUGAUGAUGCAGAAAGCAAUCUGUUGGCUGCCUUAAAUAGUUACGAGGAAACUCAAAGAGCAUUACAAGAGCUUCCAAGUGGUUGUAAUGAGUUCCAGUCUGUUAUUAAAAAGAAAGGUUGGGUAUGUAAUGAACUUGGUCGGAACCGUCUCGCAAGCAAAGAGCUCAACAAAGCUGAAGAAGCUUUUGCUGACGCUAUAGUGGCAUUCAAGGAAGUUUGCGAUCAUACCAAUGUUAUACUAAUCAACUGUAACUUGGGUCACGGGAGACGAGCUCUGGCUGAAGAAAUGGUUCCAAAGAUUGAAGCUCUUAAAUUGAAUCCCGCUUUUAAAAAUGCUUAUCAAGAAGCUUUAAACACUGCAAAACAAGAAUACAGCAAGUCACUACAAUAUUAUCUGGCAGCAAAGACAGAACUCCUUGUUGCCACUGAAAAGGCUAGUUCAGGCCCAGACGAUCUAAAUGUUGAAGUCUACACACAGCUUGCUCAUACAUAUCUUAGAUUUGGAAUGCUUUUGGCGGAAGACGACACAACCACUGCUGCAGGUCGUAGACAAAAGAGCAUCUUGGAAAACACUCAUGAUUCUUCUUCUGAUGGAAGAUCGAAGGACUUGAGGAAACAUGAAGUGUCAGCCAGUGAUGCUAUAAGAGAGGCAUUGACUUUAUAUGAAUCUCUGGGGAAAAUACGCAAACAGGAAGCUGCUUUUGCUUAUCUUCAGUUAGCGCGGUAUCACAAAGAUUGCUGCUUAAGGUUUUUGGAGACAGAGCGUCAUCAAGGAAGUCCUCCUAAACCUGAGACUAAUGUCAUCCAGAGAGCCAAGCAGUACGCUUUACUGGCAGAAAGGAAUUGGCAGAAGUCAAUGGAUUUUUAUGGCCCCAAGAAUCAUCCUUCCAUGUUCCUGACAAUCCUGAUAGAGCGAUCGGCUCUUUCCUUCAGCCUUUCAAACUUCUGGCAAUCAAACAUUAUGCUUGAGUCAGCUUUGUCUCGCCUUCUUGAGGGCCGUAACAUUUCUAAAACAUAUGCGGAAUCAUUGAAAACCAAGGACCUGGAACUUUACACCAAAUUCUGGGCCCAAUUGCAGUGCAUUCUAAAGCGAAUGUUCUCCUUAUCCUUACAGGCGGAAGGAGCAAACAAAUCUCAGAACUCUGGAAGAUACGGAGACUCUGGAAAGCUAAGAGAACUAUAUAAAACAUCACUUAAGUCAACAAACCUGAGUGACUUGAAUGCAAUGCAUACCUUGUGGACAUCAUCAUCUUAAGUAAGUGAUGGAUCUUGCUUAAAAAUAUUAUUUUAUGUUUGACUCUAUAAUAUUAAGGGAAGUCUAAAACAUUUUGUAAAAAUCUCAAACUAAUGCUAUGCUCAUGUAUGUAACGAGAACUUAAAAUUUUGGAUUGGAUGGGUCUGUUAAAACUGAGAU